CCAAUCACCACCCCACACAAACACAAUAACAGGCAGAGGGGAAACGAGGAAAAAGGAAAACCCGAAGCGACGACCGGCGGGCCGGAGGCGGAGCCCUCAACCGGCCCGAGAGAGCCAUGUCGGCGUCCUCCCCUCCUCCGGCCGACGCGGCGGCGGAGACGGAGGCCACGACCGUCGCGUUCUACUGCUACGAGUGCCAGGCCACCGUCUCCGUCCCCGCGCCGGCCGCCACGCCCUCGUGGCUACUGCUCUGCCCCCGCUGCCGCAGCGGCUUCCUCGAGGACAACCCUAACCCGUCGACCUCGUCCCCUCCCCCGCCGCCGCCCCCGCCGCCGGGAUUCCUCUCGGACUCCUCCGAGGAGCCCGAGGACCUCGACCUCGGGAUCGAUCACACCGCUGCCCAGGCCUAUCUCACCCGCAUCGUCCGCCGCCUCUACGACGAUCCCGCCUCCUUGGCCACCGCCGCGGCCGAGGCGGUGUCGGUGCUCCAGCAGCAUGGGCGCAUCGGUGGGCGGGGCCAGCCCCCGGCGCCCGCGGCGUCCAUCGCCGCCGUACCGACGGUCGAGGUGUCCGAGCCCGCCUCGGUCUGCGCCAUCUGCAAGGACGACCUCCCUCUCGCCGUCGCCGCGCGGAGACUCCCCUGCGGCCACCUCUAUCACUCCGUUUGCAUCGUGCAGUGGCUGGAGAUGCACAAUUCCUGCCCUGUCUGCCGCUCUUGCCUCCCGCCCACCAACCUCCGGGAGGUGGAGCCCCUGGGGCUGGAUCCGCCACCAACACAGAUCACUAUCCGAUUUACGACCAACCGCCGCCGCACCCGCACCAAUAGUGAUGUAGUGGCUCCGGUCGCGACGUCGCCUACUCAGCUCGCAGAGGCGAUGACAGGGGAAGGAGGUGCUGGACCUGCGAAUAGCGCAGAAACUGUUUCGUCUGAAUGGCCACCGCCCCCUGAGUCUGAUGCCGUCAUGUCAGAGACCCGUGAGAUUGAGGGCUUCUUUGAUUGAGCCAGAAGAUAGAGUUUGCAGGUAAGAACAUCUUAUGACUAGUGUCCAUGGAACAUGAAUUGAACUGCUUAGUGGUCUAAUCAGUUGCAGUGAAGCCGGUAAUUUGGUUCUAUGAUAUGGGCUAGUUGAGUUAUAUUUGCUUGUGUGUUCUAUCUUCUAUGCUAGUUGAUCGAUGGUAAUCAUAUAUAAACAUUCACAUGUAGCUGAACUUGGAGUUAUUAUACUUACUUUGGAUCUCAUGUUAGCUGAUA